UGGCGCGUACUUGUCCCCACUCUCCCCUUAAUAAGUAUAUAAACCCUCACUCGUUUUGCCUCAUCGCAUCUCCAAGAUGUCCCGGGUGGCAAAGUAUCGGCGACAGGUGAGCGAAGACCCGGACAUCGAUAACUUGUUGUCCACCUUGUCUCCUGAGGAGAUGGAGCAACUGGAGAAGGAGCUGGAUGCCGGAGACCCGGACGCCGGUGUCUCUGCUGGAUUUAACAGGAGCCAAACGGAGCGAGCGAGUCAUCAACGGGAGGCAGAGAGAGAGAGAUUCGCUCAGAACAAGGCGCCAGUGGAUCAUGAAAAAGUUCAAGAGAAAAUAAAGGACAAACCAAAGCCGGAAGAAAAGAAAACAGAACAGAAAACACAGGACACCCACAGCAGCAAAGGGUCAGAAGACGUAAAGGAUGCCAAGACAAGGAGAAGUGCUUUCAGGAGGGACAAUGAGAAACCGAAAGAUACACAGGUUACAAAACUAGCGGAGAAGUUGGGAGAGGACAGCAACACCAAGGAUAAGGAUAAGACGGAGAGAGCCCAGUCUAGAAAACCCAUAGAAGAAAAGAGCAUUAAACAAACAGGAAAGGACAAAGAAAAUAUUAAGAAGGCAGAAGAGAAAGAGAAAACAAAGGAGACCACAGACAAGAAAGCAGAAGAUAAAAGAGAAAAGCCACCAGAAAGGACAACGAUUAACAAAACUCCAGCAACAAAAGAGAAGGCAGUAAGCAAUAAGACUGCGCCCGAAGAGAAUGCUUUAAAAGAGGAGGGCAAGAAGAAUUUGCCAAAAACUGUAGAGCCAGGAUCUGAAAUUCCUGAAAAUGGAACCCAGAAUCAGACAGACUCAAAUAAAGAGGAUGAAUCUUCCAGUAUCUUUAAUGAUCUGUUAGAGAAAGUGAAAAAUAAUGACAGUGAAAUUAUAGACCUUAACCUGAACAACUCAGACUGCAUCACGAUAGAAACAUUAAUGAGCUUUACAGAGGCCCUAGAAUUCAACACAAUGGUUAAGAUCUUCUCGUUGGCCAACACGCGUGCGGAUGACCACAUUGCUUUGGCCAUCUCAGCGAUGCUGAAGUCAAACAAGACCAUCACAAGCAUUAAUUUGGACUCCAAUCAAAUCACAGGUAAAGGCAUCUUGGCAAUCUUUAGAGCUCUGCAGCACAAUACAACCCUUACAGAAUUACGAUUCCACAACCAGCGCCACAUCUGUGGGGGCAAAACCGAGAUGGAGAUUGCUAAAAUUUUAAAGGAGAACACCACUUUACUAAAACUUGGCUAUCACUUUGAGCUGGCAGGGCCGCGCAUGACUGUAACAAACCUGCUAAGCCGUAACAUGGACAAACAAAGGCAGCGCAGGUUGGCAGAGCAGCGUAUGUCUCAGGGUACUAACAACAAGAAAGACUGUUUGGAAGUACCCAAAGUUGUUCCUCCUCAGAAAGCUUCCCCCAAGUCAUCACCAUUGCCAUCAAAAAAGAAUGCACAGAAAGUUACCUCAAAGAAAGGAGAUGUACCUACCCCUCCACCACCGCCUCCACCGCUAGCUCCACUGGCACCCCCACUUAUUAAUGAAAACAUAAGAAACUCACUCUCUCCUGCUUCUCAGCGAAGAAUAGUGGAAAAGACCGGACCAUCAGAAAAGAACUCCAGGGAUGAACUUCUGGAAUCCAUCAGAUCCAGUAACAUCAAACAACUUAAGAAGGUGGAAGUGCCAAAAUGGCUGAAGUAAAGCAAUUAAAAGGGAAGUCUGUUCGAUUUUGGCUCAACAAGUAAAUUCCAUCAUAGUUCAAGCAGGCUAUAUGCGGCAAUUCCUUUACCAAUCAGAAAAAAAUGAUAUUUAUUUAAUGGUGAUCUUUGGUGCUGAUAACUGCCAAAGGCUACAGUUUUUUUUUUAACUUUACAGGAAGGUGCCAAGUAAAUGCAUUUGUCUUUUUGUUAUUUGGAUAGUCAUUAAUCCACUUGGAUGUUUAUUCAUUAAAGCUGGAGUUUGCAGUUUUGUUUGCUGGAAAGUUGGAGUUUCAAAUCACUGGCUACACCAAGCAUUAUGAAGAGCUAAGCCUGGUGAGCAUCUCGUAUAAGAUUAGUUCACUUGCCCUACAACUAAAUAAAUAACUAAAUCGAUGAGAUUUCUUGAAGAAAUUA